CAGAGGUUUGGCAGCCGAACCCGUCAUGGCAUGUUGCGCGUUCUUGUGAUCCCAUGGGCGCAAGCCAUCGAGACUGCCCUUUGGCCCGGGCAUGCCUGUGCUUUCCCAGCGCUGGAGGAUGAGGCUAGGACGGAGGUGCUGCAGGCCUAUGUGGCAAAGACGGAGGACGCCUCUCACUGCCACUCACUCUGCGAGAGUCAAGGCUGCAAAUCCUUCAUGCGUCGCAAGACCUCCGGAGAAUGCUGGCUGUACCAGCGACGCUGCGCGCCAAUCCCCCGGGGCGAGUUCGAUAGCGGGCGUGAAGUGGGAGACCUGAGCGAGGCGCAGCGGCCCUUCUACCGCAAUGGAUCAGAGCUGCUGCUGGAGGACACGCAGAAGAUCCGCAUUGAUGACGUGGCCUUUGGGUAUGAAGUGCUAUCAAACCACAUGGGCCUGGCAUCAAGACUCUUCGGCGUGCGGGCAUCACAGGACCCCAUGACUCUGCUGCAGCUGCAGGAGCAUCUCUGGGAGCUCAAGCCAGACCUGGUUGUGGAGAUUGGAACAGAGUGCGGCGGCUUAGCCAGUAUCAUGGCUGAGCUGCAGCUGCUUUCGGGCGAGCUGCGCUGGGUAUGCGUGCAGGGUCAUAUCCUGACGGUUGACAUUGCGCCACAGGGGUACGCACCUUGGGCGCAUGCAGACUGUGCAGAGCGACGAGGAGACUCGAGGUUGUGGCACAAGCACCUGGCCACCGGUGCUCUGCGUCCUGUGCUGCGCAGCCAACGAUGGGGAUGUCCUUGCAGGCCUGCGGAGUGUGACUGCGUGGCAAAUGACGGGGAGCUGCAGCAACUAGUGGCCGACUACGCAGCGGCAGCCAGCCGAGUCUUGGUCAUAGACGACUCCAGCCAUUUCAAGGAAGAUGUGAUCCAGAAUUUCGAGCUUUUAGCACCUUUUGUUACAAGCGGCAGUCUCUACGUGGUGUUUGACACUCGCCUUGAUCGUCUUUGUGAGGCUGUGAAGCGGCUGGGCUACCCCCUUGCCAAUGGCUUCAACCCUGGCGAGCAGGUGAGGUGCGACUACUACAUAGACAAUGGUCCCGCCUCUGCUGUCGCAGCACUUUUCCGAAGUCCACAAGACAGGUUCUUCAUCGACCGCUCGGCUGAGCACUUGAUCCUGGGAUCGAAUCCUGGUGGAUGGCUGCGCGCAAAAGGAGACCUGAGCUGGCGACUGUUCCAGACCAACACCUUUUCCACUGGGAGAAAGCUGACGCAAGCGGACUCCCUGGCGUUCCUUCAGGCCUUGCGACGCUUCGACCGAGAGGUCGCAGCAGUGCUGGACACCUUGUUGCAGCGUAGGGACCCUGGGCCCGAACGCUCCGCGCUGGCGAAGGAUGCUCUUUUCGCCACGAGUGACUUCUCCGGGGAGCUGCUUCGGCGCCUGGCGCUGCGCAGCUCCGGGAAUCUGCUCUCAUCCUGGGAGCGGGAAUGGUGCCUCCUGACACACAACUUCCUGGCGUUUUUUGCCUCACGCACUGAUCUGGCGGUGAGGAAAUGCCUGCUCUUGACUUCCAUCCAGGACGUCAAGCACGAGGGCCGCAAUUUGCGGGUCUCCCUGGAGCAGGGUGGAGAGGAGGUUCUGCGCAUGCCGGAGAAGUCCCAGAGUGCAGAUGGUUGGGCGGAUGAGAUCAGGCGCCGCUCGGAGAAGCUCCGCGCCGCGGGGCAGGGGAUGAUGCCCUGUCUGAGCCUUGCAGAAGCCUCGAGCUGGAUGCAGGAGGCGCUGGCGGAGCUCGCGGGCGUCUCUGAGGAGCGACACCAGAAGGUGGAGGAGGAGAUGCGGCGGAAGCGCUGCCAGGCCUUUGCCGUGAUUUUCCGCGCGACGCUCUCGGGCCGGAUACGCGUAGUGCAACGGGAAGCAUUUGCAGAAUUGGCGCUACAUGCGAGGAUUCAGGCGCUCUGCCGCGGGCAGCGCAUGGCGGCAGCCAAUCGCUUGGUGCGUGCAGUGGGGCAGCCCUUCUGGCGCCAGCGCGAAAGGAGCCUGGCUGCCUGGCGGGCUCAUGGACAGGCAAAGACAUUGGCGGCAGCCAAGGGUUUGCGGCGUGCGCUGGUGUUGCUCUCCAAGCUGCUGAGAGCCCGCGAGGCGGACGCCAUGCGCCAGGCCUUGGUGCAGCUGAGCCGGCUCUGCCAUUCUGUGCGCCAGGAGCAGAAAGCGCUUCGCCAUUUCGAAGCGGACGAGUUCUACAAAGGCCUGUGGCAGCUGGACGAUCCCUCGCGCCGCCGCGCCGCUGUUCGGCUCCUGCGCCUGGCUUUGUCCAAGAGCAGCCGGCGGCGCCUCAGCGGCGCGGUGCGGCUCUGGAGCCGCGGCGCCGGCGAGCGGCUGGGGGCGGACGUGGAGUCGUCGCUGCGCCAGGCGCAGAGCGUCAACGCAGAGCUGGCACAGAACAAUCGCGAAGUGGAGGUGGAAGGUCUGGUGAGUUGCUUUGUGCACAGCCUGGGCGGCGCGGUGCAGCGGCGCCAGCUCUGGGCGCUGCGGAACUGGGGCCACUCAGCUCCAGGGGGUGAGGUGGGAGGGGGGGUGGGGGGGUAG